UCGCGGACAGCCCCCUGCCGCAGGUGAGGCUCUCACGCGCUCUCGCCUCUCCCCCGCAGGCCUCGCGCUGCCCGGGGACCGACCGGAUCGGACCGCCGCCCGGAGCCCGCCAUGCGCCCAGCCCAGCAUGGAGCCUGCCGGGAGCCUCCUGCGGGGCAAGCCCUUCUACUGCCGGGAGUGGGCGCUGGGCCGGCUGGCCCUCAGCCUGGAGGGCGGUGGCGGCGUGCUGGUCACCGGGGGCCCCGGCAGCGGCAAGACGGCGCUGUGCACCGAAGCCCUGUGGCCCACCUCUGAGCCGGGCCUUCGGGUGGCGCUGGGCGACUGUGCCCUGGCUUGGCACUUCUGCCAGGCGCACGAUGCCACCACUUGCACUCCCCACGGCUUCCUGCUCCGGCUGGUGGGGCAGAUCGAGCGCUGCCCUCUGCUGCCCGGCUACGGUGAGCACCUCCGUCGGGUCAGGGCCCCCCAGGCCCUGGAGCCGGCCACGUGCAAGGACCCGGACGAGGUCUUCCGGAGAGCAGUGCUGCUGCCCUUGCUGGACCUGCCACCCCCCGUAAAGCCUCUGCUGAUGGUGGUGGAUGCCCUGGAUGCAGGCAAGAGAGACUGUGUGGAGGAGGACCAGCAGGAGGAGGAGAGGGGCCUCACCCCGGGGCCCAGCCAGUCCAUUGCCCAACUUCUGGGAAGCCACCUGCGGCUGCUGCCCCCCUGGCUGCUCCUGGUCUGCAGCGCCCGCUCUCACAGCAAGGGGGUGCUGCGCCUCUUUCCUGGAUUCCGACAGCUGUGCCUCGAUGACCUCCAGAGGGAACCCGUCGUCUGCGACGUGCAGCAAUACAUCCUCACCCGGCUAGAUCGGGAGGAGACGCUCCGGCGGCGCUUCACCCAGGACGUGACUGGAGCCCUGAGCCAGCUGCCCGUCAAGAGCAGCGGGUGCCUGCUGUACCUGGAGCGGGUGCUAGACGGAGUGGCGGCAGAGCUGGUCCCCCUGCGUGAGGUCCGCCACAUCCCAGGGACGCUCUGCGGACUGUAUCUUUGGCUCUGCCAGCACCUCUUCCCCCACAACCAGUUUGCCCUGGUCCGCCCUCUGCUAGAGGCCCUGCUGGCAGCCCCGCGCCCGCUGCGGCCUUGGGAGCUUCACGCCGCCAUCUGGACGUGCUGUCCGGUGCCCUGGGAGGGCUUUGAGGACCGUCUAGCAGCCUUGGCAGGGCUCCUUCAAAAGGGCCCAGAGGACACCUGCGUUUUCUUCCACGCCAGCUUUGCCGAGUGGCUUUGUGACAUCAAGCACUGCACGCAGAAGUACCUCUGCUGCCCAGCCCGUGGGCAUGCCCUGCUUGCCAUGAGCGCCUCCUGCCGGGCACCAGAACUGAGCCCAGAGGAGGUGGUCGAGCUGGCCCGUCACUUGCUGGCUGCGGAGCUGGGCCUUGCAGGCUGGCAGUUGGCCCUGUGGCUGGUGUGGUGCGGGGUGCCCGUGGAGCGCUGCCUGCAGUCGGAGCUGCUGCUGCUGCUGCCGCCCUUGGAGCCAGCCGUGCUGGAGCUCUUGGUGCUGGCCGGCGCUCGCCUGGGGGGCCAGGGGCCAGCGCCCUCCCUGCGGCACGUCUUGGAGCGGGAGGACUCUGUGCGGCUGUUGCUGGAAAACGGCGCCAGCGUUAACCAGCGGGACGGGAGCGGGCGCACUUUGCUGGCCAGUGCUGCCCACAGUGGCAACCAUGAAGUGGUGGGGUUGCUCUUGACUCGCGGUGCGCAGCCAGAGGCCCCUGAUCAACAUGGACAGACCCCCAUGACCUUGGCCGCUCGCCAAGGACACACCAAGGUCCUCCUCUGCCUGCUGGCCCACGGGGCCAGUGUCGAUUGCUCGGAUCACAAAGGUUGGACGGCUCUGCGGGCAGCGGCCUGGGGUGGUCACAGCGAGGCCGUUGACGUGCUGCUGCAAGCUGGGGCCAGCGUGGACUGCGCUGAUACCGAGGGGAGAACGGCGCUGAGGGCAGCAGCCUGGGGCGGCCACCAGGACAUUGUGGCCACACUGUUGGAGCACGGGGCAGAGGUCAAUCUGGCUGACUCUGAGGGGCGCACGCCCCUCAUUGCUGCUGCCUACAUGGGACACGGAGGGAUCGUGGCUCUGCUGCUGGCCCACGGGGCUCACGUCGACCACGCUGAUGUGGAUGGACGUACCGCCCUUUCUGUGGCUGCUUUGUGCAUUCCAGCGAGCCGCGGCUAUGCCAAGGUGGUAGAGCUUCUCUUAGAUUACGGUGCUUCUCCGGGACACGCCGACCGGGACAACGCGACUCCCUUGCUGGUGGCUGCCUACGAAGGCCACACGGAUGUCGUCGAACUGUUGCUGGAGGCCGGGGCCGAAGUGGAUGAGGCAGACUCCAGGGGCUGUACCCCGCUCUUGGCUGCUGCUUCCAUGGGUCAUAGGGCGGUCGUAGAGACUUUGCUGCUUUGGGGUGCAGCCGCCGACACACUGGACAGCGAGGGCCGGACUGCUCUGGGCAUUGCCGCUGGGCAGGGCAGCGAAGCCGUUGUCCGGGCUCUGCUAAAGCGGGGCUUCAGUGAAAAUCACCGGGAUGGGAUGGGAUGGACCCCGUUGCACUUGGCUGCCUGGCAGGGCCACCAGGGGACUUGUGCAGCCCUCUUGGAGGCCGGAGCCCACGUAAGUGAGCCCAACCAGGAUGGCCGAGUCCCGCUGAUGCUGGCAGCCCAGGAAGGACACGUGGAGGUCGUGCAGCUCUUGCUUGAACACUGCUCCCCUAUCGACCACCAGGGGUACGACGGGCUCUCUGCCCUGUCUCUGGCUAUGCUGGGUGGGCACCGCAGCACUGCCGAGCUGCUUCUGCGCAAGGGGGCGGAUGUCAACUUGUUUGACUCUGAGGGCCGCCCCAUGCUCUACCUUCUGAUGCUGGAGGGGGGUGUGGAGAUGGCUGAACUGUUACUGGAGAACGGGGCCAGCGUGGAGGGGAGCGAUGCCCAGGGCCGCACUGCAUUGCACGUCACGUGCUGGCAGGGGCAGGUGGAGGCCACUCGGCUGCUGCUGAGCUACGGGGCUGAUGUGGAUGCCCUGGAUAAGGAGCACCGCUCGGCCCUGCACUUGGCUGCCUGGCAGGGCCACAGGAGGAUUGCCCGCCUCUUGCUGGAGAGCGGAGCGCAGCCCAACCACAGCUGCAACCAAGGGGCCACGGCGCUGGGCGUGGCUGCGCAGGAAGGCCGAGCUGACUUGGUGAGGGUUUUGCUGGAGCACGGUGCCAGCCCCAACGUCCGGGACAAGGCAGGGCGCACCCCCAGGCGGAUGGCAGCCAGGCAGGGCCACCAGGCCGUACUUAAGCUGAUGGAGUGUCACGGGGCUUUGCCAGCGCCCGUCUGUCCCCAGCUGGGCUCCUCCAGCAGCUCGGCCAGCAGCCCUGGCCCCCAAGGCAAGCAAGGCCGCUCCCCCUCGGCCUCGCUGGAUUCCACCGGCGAGCCCCGCCAGUCACGGCCUUCCUGUGGCUCUUCAGCCACUCCUUCCACAUUCCACUCACUCGCCACCUUCCAGACAGUUCCAGUGGACACACUCACCGGGGCACAGCAGAUGAAGCAGUACUCCCCAACCCACCUUCCUCAGCCAGGCUUCUUGGUGUUUCCACCCUCUAUAGCUCAGGACAAGCGUAGUGGGGAACUGGGGAGCCCCCUGGUCUCCAUUGACACCCUGGCCCCCCACCUGCACCUUAAGGCAGCCAUCAAGUUGCAGUUUGAGGGCCCCACUUGUGGCUAUCACUAUAAGCAGGAAACUCCCCUUUGACGGGGGGGGGCAAGUCUCUGCAGGCACUGUUGCAAUGCCAGCAUGGCAGGUCUGCAAGGGGUGCCACCCUUGGCACGGGGUGUUUCGGCACUCAUGGCUGCCUCUGGCAGGCUAGGAAUACUAACGGGACUUCCUAAGACAGGGACUUCGCUUUAGGGCCUCCUCCAGUGCUCACCCCAAAGACCUGACCCAGGUGCACAGAAUUGGAAAGACGGGCCCUAUCCAAGGGGGCGGUGCCGCAGUGGUGGCCGGGGGCAUCGCGUACUCCCUGUUCUUCCAGGUCUGCUGAAGCCUGGCAAUGUGGAGGCAGCGUUCUUCCCGGCAGCUGACAGCCCUCCCCCAGAAAAGGGAGCCAGUGUCCCCCAGCUGCCAGCAACUUGCGACACAGCUGCCAGUUCAGGCAACCUGUGUCCUGGCUGGCUUUCUGCAACAGGCUAGGCUUAAAGCUAGUUAACCACACGCAGUACCUGCAUGCACAUGACCUGCUAUGCACACAAAAUUACGGGUUAACAUGAUGGCCUUGUUCACACAAUGCUGGAUCACAUACCACCCCGGCCUUUAUGCUAGUCUACUGUCUCAUGUGAAUUCAGCUGCCGUGCCUGGGCUCACAGCAGAUACCGGAAGGGAAGCGUCUGGGUGUCUUUGAGCUUCUGAAGGUGAUUGUGCGGGAGGCGGCUCAGAGCUGCUCCAAAAGACUGUCAAGAAACGAGGGAUUCGAACCGCAAGGAACUCAAUUUGACUCAACGUCAGGAGGCUGUUCAAGAGUGGACAGGCUGGCGCCAGAGGGGGUCAGGGCUGGGCUCCUGCACUGGGCAAGACUUCGACUACAUGAUCUCUCUGGUCCGUUUUGGCCUUCAGUGCUGCCAAGCCUGAAAGCGGACGACUGGAGAAGAGAAAUCCUCUGCUUUGGGUUUCAAGAUGGGAAGGAAGGGUGUCCUUCCUGGCACUGUGGCUGAUCCGUCCACCACCUGGCAGAAAGGAAGCAAGACCCGGACCUGCCAUGUCACCCUCGUCCCUCUAACCCCAAGCCCCCUUAAACAUUACUACCUCCAACUGUGAUCCGAAAGGACACCUGGGAGAGGCUCCUUCCGCUUGACACUUCCUGCCCAAGCAGUCUCCAGAUGUGCUGGCUGGAAAUUACGGGAGGGAACUGGGCGCAGAAGGCUGGUGGUCUGAUUCUCCCUGUGCAUAUGCAUGCACCCAGUUCUGUUUGAGCAGCGCAGCCUGGGGGGCUGGCAGCCCACAACAGAUCCAGGGAAUUCCCACAGCGUUCUCUGCUCUGGGGAGUUCCGCCCACCCAUCCCCUGGGUUGGGCCCUGGUUCGUGCUCUGCCUUUGCCGCCCCUCCCCUGGCGCUGCAGCCCUCCACGCCUCCGUUGGAUCAGCCACCCAAGUGACUUUGAAACAACUUGAUACCAAAACUGCCGGGGGGGGGGUGCCCUGGGAUGCAGUCACAGCCCCCCCGUACUGCCCCAGUAGAAGCCUCUCCCUCUCCCUUGCGGUGGGAGGGGCGGCAAGGAAGGUGGCAGUUUUACUGCCCUGAGAGGCAGAAUAAAGAUGAAGUCCUCAAUAAAGGCGCAACUCUGA